AUAAAUAUAAUUUCUAAUCAUAACUAAACAAUUUAUUAAUUAGAUCAAGCAUACAAUUUAUAAUUAUAAACAUGCUAAUUAAGGCAACCGUAUUGUUGUUUAUUGUGGCUAUUCUAUUGAGAGAGUAUCGAUGCUCAGGAUAUGAGCACAACUGCCAGUCCUAAUGGUGGGGCUGGACGUAGUGGUGGUAGACCUGGUGGAUCAAAGGGCAAUGGAGCUGAGCCUAGUAGGGCAAAAAUGGCCGGUGCUAACCAUAAGCAUAAAUGAUCAGUGUGCUAUUAAAUAAUACAAUUAUGUUUUA